AGGGGCUUCAGUUGGCUCCUGCCAUCCGCACAGGGUGGAUGUAUAUCGUUUGUCUUUCCCGUAGACGCUACAGAAGCGCGCUCGCUGACUAAGACUGUCGUGUUCUCAGACUUUUAUCAAGGAAAGCUGAGGCCUUGUCUAGACUUUUUGCCGCUGUCCGUGUCAAAACACUAGUCAUGUUUAACAUGCAGGUGACAACACUGCAACUGAGCAGCACUUACUAGAAACACUUUGGCGGCGGCGAGGCCUUGGACCAGAGCAAGGAAGAGAACUGAAGUUUGUUGUGUGGCGCGGUGAAAAAAAUCUUAGUUUUAUUACGCUUAAUGGAAAACCAAAAAAGUCCUUCACAUGUUACUAAUAGUCACGGCGAUUUAUAUUGGAAGUACUACAGUGCAACGGAAUAAUCACACGUGCGUAAUGCGUUGAGGAGUUUGGGUCCCAAAUGUGAAAACUUUAGGAACAAAAGAUUGAUUGCAGCAUAUAGACUUUGUGAGAUUACUGAAAACUCCACAUAUAAGACUUGGAUAUGAGCGGAUAUUGAAAGAAACGAAAAUAAAGUGAUUGAAUGUAGAAAAUACAGAAAGACAGAACUUGGUAACAGUCCGCUUUGCCUUGUACUCGCCAGAAAGGUCCGAACGCGCUGCAGACUCUUCUUGUAGUUAGUUUACAUUUGCUAUAAUACGUUACGUUGAGGAGUGACGCGGGUAAAUAAUGGACGUGACAUUAAUAACUAAAUACUGAAAGAAUUUUGUGCUCUUCUGAUAGCUUUUGAAGUAUGUAGAUUCUUUGAUGAAAACACAAUGUACUUUUAGCUUAAUUAUGGAUAUGUCCAUUAAAUUACUUCCUUGCCGUGACAAUUAAAUACUGUAAAAUGUGAAAAGAGAAUAAUUUUUUUUUUUAAUUUCAAACAUCCUAGGGAAAUAGAGAAAGGUUCUUUUGAUUACAGACUUUCUUCUACCACACAGUAGUGCUUGAAAAAUUGUUGGAAAAUGAACUAUUGAACGCGAUAUGAACUAUGGAAAUAUAUAGCGGCGAGUGAAGAAAACGGUGUCCGGAUUAAGACAGUUUACUAAAGUGCAGACAUUGAUAAAAUUAACAAACAAACGUGCUCUGCCACACUAGCUCCCAAAACUUUGAAGAAAACCUGUCGGAAAAAAAAAGAAGUUACUAAUGGAGAACAUGUGAACUAUGGAAACAAACAUCAGUGAGUGUAGAAAACGGACUUACGGACAAAACCAGACUGAGCUGACCCGGAAACAUGAGUAGAACUGGAAUCCCUCGCGUCUCCUCAAGUAACUAGAACACCCGAGGGCCGGAGAGCGAAGGCAGGCGGGAUAUCACGUGAGCGAAUGUUACCAUGCAUCCACCGUGCUCUCUAAGGGUGACGCGACCUCCUGCCUCUUGAGAGUACACUGCUUCCUCCGGCUAACAGGGCGACAAGGGAAACGCGAGAAGGAGGAGGAGAAGGAGGAGGUGGGGGAGGAGGAGGAGGAGGGGGUAAAGCAAGAUGUUGAUCAGGAAGGUUUCAAGAAGCAUCCCAGAGGCAGGAGGAGAAGGGCGGUUGGGAAGGGUCAUCUACCUCCUUCCCGUCCUGGCGUCGCUUCUGCUUCUAACAGGGCAGCCGGCGCUAUGCUUCAGCGCCUCCAGCUAUGGGCGCCGAGCUGUCAAGUCUCGGGGAGCGGAGGCGGGCGCCAGGCACCUCACCCUGCAGGGCGUGGAGGUCCCGGUGUACAAGUUCCGCGGUGAGGACGCCCAGCUCGAGUGCCAAUACGACCGCGGCACCGACCCUCUCUACUCCGUCAAGUGGUACAAGGACGACAACGAAUUCUACAGAUAUCUCUUCGGGCGGAGCAAACCCAAGCAGACUUUUGCCAUUCCCGGAGUAAACGUUGACGUGCACCGGUCUAACACGCGGCGGGUUCUGCUCAAGGGCCUCACCUUCAACUCGACGGGAGUGUACAAGUGUGAGGUGUCCGCCGACUCGCCCCACUUCCACACCUUCGAAAAGAGCAGCAACAUGGUGGUGGUUGAGCUACCCACCCAAGGCCCGCUCAUCCAGGGCAGCAAGAGCCACUACCAGGUCGGGGAUGUGGCGCGCCUCAACUGUACCUCCGCCAAGAGCAAGCCGGCGGCCGAGCUGGCGUGGUACAUCAACGACGAUAAGGCGGCUGAUGACCAGCUGGUUGAGUACUACCCGUGGGUGCAUCGCGAUGGCCUGGAGAGUAGGAGACUUGGCUUGUCCUUCACGGUGGACAAAAGUCACUUCAUGAAAGGCGACCUGAAGCUGAAGUGCAAGGCCACCCUGGCGGCCAUCUUUGCCACCAAGGAGGAAGACGUCACCAUCUCCGAGGGCGAGGAGGUCAUCCUCGAGCAGCGGGAAAGACUGAUUUACGUGAGGAGCAACGCCAGCACAGUGUUGCCAGCCCCGGUCGGCGUCGUGCUCCUCCAGGUGGCGAUGGUGCUGGCGGUGGCUGCGAGGAGUCGGGCUGUCACGUGAUUCCUAGGCGUCGCCCUCUCGGAGCUUCGCAAUCGCACGCGUCGCUACGGAACGCCCCUGCCCGAAGUGUUAAGCGGCCCCGCAGUGUUCUUUGCGCCUAUGUUAGUAUUUCCUUCACUAUGUUGGUCUGGCCACCACCCUGUUAAUGCUUAAGAGAUAUAUCAGACGUAUGUAUAUAAGACUGUGUAGGUAUAUGAAGGUGUAUAUCAUUGACUUUGUAGCUCUAUGGACAGAUGUUGUUGGCCUGAGCCUUGAUGAGUGAGUCCCUUGACCCGGCGCCUAUGCUAAGCCUCUUCGCCCACCCCACCGACGUCACCCACCUCUCAACCUUCACUGCCUCGGGUGCCGGUGGAGGUUGUUGCGGUGGUGUUGUGGUGUGUGUGUGUGUGUGUGUGUGUGUGUGUGUGUGUGUGUGUGUGUGUGUGUGUGUGUGUGUGUGUGUGUGGGGCGAGGCCAAGUUUUGUGUCCUGUGAUAACGUGUCUACAUGACUUAUCUCUA